UGUGGUGCAUGCACAGCUCAGAGUGCAGGACUUUGAAGUACUUCCGGUGCUUAUCAGCUUCCUGCUUCCCGUUCUCUUGACAAAAGUGAAGCCUUGCGGGGCAACACGUCUCUUUUUACAGGAUUUCCCCCUCCCCUUUAACGUACGCGAGAGAAGGAGAUAUGGUUGUGGGAUGAGUGCAGGAGUCGGUUGGUAGGGUUGCCAACUUUUGAACUAGCUGCUGUAACUGUACCUUUCGCAGCCAUUCGAUCUGCACCUAAUAUCAGAUAGGGAAGAGUUGCUGGCUUCUUCCUGGAUCGCCCAUCGAAGCCUACAUGACGCGCCAUGGCAAGAACUGCACAGCGGGAGCCGUCUACACCUACCACGAAAAGAAAAAGGACACCGCUGCCUCUGGAUAUGGGACCCAGAACGUCCGUCUGAGCAAAGAUGCUGUCAAGGACUUCGACUGCUGUUGCCUCUCCCUGCAGCCCUGCAAGGAUCCUGUUGUGACCCCUGACGGAUACCUGUAUGAGAAGGAAGCCAUCCUAGAGUACAUCUUGCACCAGAAAAGGGAGAUUGCCCGACAAAUGAAGGCCUAUGAAAAGCAGAAGAAUGAGAAGAAGACAGAGAUGGCAGAGCUGAGCAAGGCUGCGAAAGAGUCCAAGGUGAAGAGUUUCCUCGACAAAGAGUUGAGCAUUGUGAGCAAACCUCUCAACCCCUUUGAUCGCAAGGCGGAAGCCUCUCAGCCUGGGCCCAGCAAUGAAGACAAAGCCAAACAACUGCCCAGCUUCUGGAUCCCUUCGCUGACUCCCGAGGCCAAGACCAAAGUCAUUCAGAAGCCAGACAAGUGUGUGUACUGUCCCAUGAGUAGAAAACCUCUGAAGCUGAAGGACCUGAUCCCAGUGCACUUCACCCCAGUGGAUCCUAGUGUGGAUCGUGUAGGGCUGAUCAACCGGCAGGACCGCUACAUGUGUGCCGUCACACGAGACAUGCUUGGAAACUCUGUCCCUUGUGCUGUUCUCCGUCCGUCGGGCUCUGUUGUGACUCUAGAGUGCGUGGAAAAACUCAUCAAGAAGGACAUGGUUGAUCCAGUGAACGGGGAGAAGUUGACUGACAAGGACAUCAUUGUUCUGCAGCGGGGUGGCACAGGAUUUUCAGGGUCAGGUGUGGAGCUGGAGGCCAAGAAGUCCCGUCCUGUUAUGCAAGCUUAACAUGUUCGUGCAACUGUCUUGGCAGAGGAGAGGAACAACUGAUAGGCCAUUCUGGGCUGGCCAGCGUGUGCUACCCAAAAACAUCAAACAUUGCACAUGAGUCUUCUGUAACUUUGUAAAUAAAAGCUGUUUUGUUUUGGGGAAGAAAGAAUGUCAAGAUUAAGUUGGGAAGUGAUUGGGAGAGCCCCAUCGACUAGCCUCCCAUUGUGCUAUAGGUUGUGGGGGUGGGGAUUGGUGAUGGGUAGAGAUUUAAAACAAAAAAGGGGAAUGCAUGCCAGGAAGUCCAGUAUGUAUGUUUCUGGCUGAGUGAACAUGGAAAGUAUUUGUAACACAAAAAAUCCCCUUUAUAUGGCAAGCUAUGGUCAAAGUCCAGCUGUAUCAGUAGCUUCCCUACAUAUUUCUUAAAGCGCCUAAAGAAAGCUACUGAGGGCUGUGAGGCGUCCUUCCCUGGCUCUCCCUGUCAGGUUCCUACCUGCGCGUGGCUACUGCCUGUCACUAGGCACCACCAGGGACUCCACCAGUCCGGACUGUCCUUUUUUAUUGUUUCUCUCCCCGCUCUAGCACAGAUCUCAACAGAUCCCCCUGCUAAGCAACCACCAGUCACGUCCUAAUACUAGUAUUCCCAGAGACUCUGAAUACUGGUAUUGUUAUUCUCUUCACCGCUGCCAACAUUUGUUACAGUUUCCCUUCAGCCUUGGUCAUUACCUUACUCUCCCUUCUGGUCUGUGAAACCCCAGCCAAGGAUCAGGCCUUUGGUAAACCAAAUUAAGUAUUUAUUAAAGAUAACAAAGCUAACAAGAUUAACAAGAUUUCUUCUUAAGGCACAUAAGCAUAUGGUUUUACUCAAUACUAAUCCGAACUCCACCUCCCUCCUUCUCUUUCCCUCUCCUGGCAAACCACUCUCUCAACCCCACCAAACAACCCACUCUUUCUCUUUUCCCCCCAGAUUCCACUCUCACUCUUCCUUUUAUACGUUCAGCCAUUUUAAACACUCAGCCAAUCAUCUAGCAUUCUACUGCCCAUUCACUCCCCCUCCUCUUUCACUCUACUUACCAUGUAUCUUCUAAACAACCAACACUUACCAUAUAUACAUUAAUAUAGGAACAUCACAAGGGCUCCUCCAGAAGAACUCAGCAUUCAACCUGAUUUGCUAUGCAUAAAGCUUAUGCAGUGGUUAGACUACAUCUGGUCUUUAUUGAGCAUUUGUUCAGCCUGAUUUACUAGGUGUUUAUAUGACCAUGAACAUUCGUUCCAAUUUGCUUGCACAGGGUUUAAUGGGAACACCAGUAAUCAUUCAUCUCCUGCUUUUCAGUGCAUUUCCCUGUCACUUUCUUAACCACAAAAAAGUCAUUUAUUUUUUUAAGUGGAUUUGUUGUGUUAGGAUGACUGAGUGCUUUAAUCCACUUUCAUACUUCUGAGCAAACAUGCCCGGAGUUGGGGUGCAAGUUGGCAUUUGCUGACUUUUGGUAGUUGGUCUGCAUUUUACCGUUGACAAGAAUGGGUAUACGUUUGGCCAAAAUAAAAUCCACCAGAACUAGUGGUCAAAACCAAUGAAAGGGGAGUUAUGAAUGCAAGAACAGGGAGACUGUCUGUGCCAUGCUAGACAUGUCCAGUUGGGCAUAAGCCUCAAGUUCAACAGGCUUACUCCCAGGGAAGUGGGUUUUGGAUUACAGGUUUUGUACAACUGCAAAGCCAUGGUGAACAGUUCCAAUCAACCUCCUCCAGCUUGAAUUGGGAUGGGGAUAAGGAAAUCUACCCUUGCCAGAAAGUACUUGGCCUGCCCAUCAUGUUCUAAAUCUAACUAAUAAGGAUGCUAGAUGGAGCAAGCAGCAAGAUCUGCCUCUUGUCAGCAAUUCUCUCUCCCCCCUUUCUGUCUCCUCUCUCUAGAGAAUUGCUUCACUUUUGCUGGCUACUCCUGCAGCUCCCAGAUGGAAAAGAGAUUCUGUGGUUGCAGAACUUGAUCCUCUUCCAUCCCUUGUCCAAGAGCAGAGAAAAACAGCCCCCCAAGAUUCCUAGAGCUGCAGUAGUUGGUGCUAUAUUAAACAUGGCAUUGUCCUUUGGCUAUGGAAUAUCCCAUUGCCUGCAGGGGAAGGAUGGUUUUGGAGCAUGAAUGUGGAUAGUUGCGCCUUUUGAGAACUUUAGGCAUGUUUGGUUGAAAUGGGGGUGGCAUGCCUGCCGUUCCCUCUGCUAAACAACCCUAGCCAUGUUAUCUCUCUGAGCAUCAAUUCUAAGAGGGGAAGCACAUUGUCCUGCUGAGCUCCCUGGUCUUUUCUCCUCUUGAAAAAUAGGGUCAAGGUAAUUCUGGAGCUUAUGCUCCUCUCAGGUAAAUGACCACCAUCAAGUCUUGCUUCCUUCUGAAAAGUCUCCCACAUAUUGGCUCAGAAUGUAUAGCAAGGGUAAAGGGAAACAUCUUUUAUCUUACACACAUCUCUAGGAGGCAAAGAGCCUUUCUGUUGAAUUAGUAUUAGCCUUGUUUUCUGUCCUCUACCUUGCUGUUUGCUCUUUUAAGUCUAUUCUGUACCACAAACAUAUCAAAGGGGGUGGGAAAUAGUUUUAUUAAUAAUGCAGUGUUACAGCGAUGAGGUCAAAGCUCUUGGUGGGCCUGCAGCCACUUGAUUGUUUCUUCAUAUUCUUUGGUGCUGUCAAUACUUUCCCGAAGACUCUCUACCAACUCUUCCUGUGAAAGCCUGCCAUCCUGGAGAGGAACAGAGAGGAACUACAAGCUCACAGGAGCAAUGUUUGUCCAAGUAACGGGCUAACUACAUGUCACAUACACACACAUACCUAUCUGAGAGGAAGUGCAUGUCUUGAGAUCCACAGCAAUAAAUGCAAUACUAGCCCUUGUAGAAUAGACAAGGCUGUGGCAGAAUGGUGUGUGAGUGAGGUGUUUUAAGCUGCCGCUGCUUGUAACUCCUUUGGAGUGUAAGACACCUUUAUAGUUUAGGAAGCUUCACAGUGUUUUGGAAAGAUGGGAGGGUGUAGGUGAGCAAGAAUGAAGCAUAAAGAAAACCACCCAGGUAUGCCAGCUACCCCUAGCUUCUCGGAACGCUUAUGCAGGCCCUCAUACCAAUAAAUAUGAACACAAUUCUUUUCUGGAGUGUGCUACCCCCCACCCCCACCAAAGGAGGAUGCUCUAAUGUACAUUCUCCUCCUGUUCUGAUCACAGCUCAUCAUGAUCCUUUGUCAAGUCUUCGCCAUAGUUGGUGACCUGGCUCCCCACAAACAUGUUCCAAUUGUCCAAAAUCUCUUGCUUGGUUAUUUUGUCAUCCUGCAACGGGGAGGGGA